AUGAAGAGGGUAAAGGCGCUGGAGGAGGCCCAGAAGAAGGUGUGGACGAAUAUUGCGAGGCGGGAUGUUGCGAAGGUGUACAAAUAUGCAGCUAUGGGCUACCAAGCUCGACAAGCACAACUCAAGCGUCUAGCCAUGCUCUCGUCAAUGCAAGCGCGCCGCCCAUUCACGCGAACCGCGAAAGUGAACAAGGAUAUUCAAGCGAAGGGUAAGCGGAUGAUGCGUGAGAUGCUGGUAUUCUGGAAGAAGAAUGAGCGAGAGGAGCGCGACGUACGGAAACGUGAACAGAAGGAGGCGACUGACCGCGCUAAAGUGGAAGAGGAGAAGAGGGAAGCGGCGCGGCAAGCAAGAAAACUUGAGUUCUUGAUCAGCCAGACGGAGCUAUAUAGCCAUUUCGUGGGGAGUAAGCUUAGGACUGCGGAAGUGCAGGGAGAUGGGGACAAUCUACCUACACCUGCUGGAGCCGAUGUCCCUGACAUAGAUCCUAGUCAAUUGCGCGAUAUCGACUUCGAUGACGACGACCAUACCAACCUGCACCGACACGCUCGGCUCAAUGCGCAAGAAGCAAUUUCUCUCGCUAAACAGCGAGCUCAACACUUUGAUACACAAGCUGCGCUAGAACGGAAGACGAAUGAGGCACUUCAAUUGGCGAAAGCUCAGGCACAUAUACGGGAUGAGGACGAAUCGCACCCUUCGAUGUCAUCGGGUACGCCUUUGGUGGAUCUUGACUCGGACGAGCUAAACUUCCAGAAUCCGACAUCACUAAGCGGGAAGAUCACUGUGAAACAACCUCAAAUGCUUAUGGCGCAGCUGAAGGAGUAUCAGCUGAAAGGUCUUAAUUGGCUGGCUACGCUGUAUGAGCAGGGUAUCAAUGGUAUACUUGCAGACGAGAUGGGUCUUGGAAAGACUGUCCAGUCAAUAUCACUCCUUGCUUAUCUUGCCGAAGUCCACAACAUAUGGGGUCCUUUCCUCGUAGUUGCGCCUGCGUCUACCCUGCAUAACUGGCAACAGGAGAUUACUCGAUUUGUUCCCGGUCUCAAGGCAUUGCCCUAUUGGGGCAAUGUGAAAGAGCGCACUACCCUGAGGAAGUUUUGGAGUAAGAAAGAGAUCAGCUAUAAUCAAGACGCACCGUUUCACGUAUUGAUCACGAGCUAUCAACUUAUUACGCAAGAUCAGCAGUAUUUCCAACGGGUCAAGUGGCAGUAUAUGAUAUUGGAUGAAGCACAGAACAUCAAGAACUCGUCUAGUGUCAGGUGGAAAACAUUACUUGGCUUCCAGUGCCGAAAUCGUCUGCUCCUGACCGGGACGCCUAUUCAGAAUUCGAUGCAAGAGCUUUGGGCGUUGUUACACUUCAUCAUGCCUAGUCUGUUUGACUCGCACGACGAAUUCAACGAGUGGUUUUCAAAGGACAUCGAGAACGCGGCUGAGAACAAGGGGAGCAAACUCAACGAGCACCAACUAAGGCGUCUACAUAUGAUCUUGAAGCCGUUCAUGCUCAGGCGAGUAAAGCGUCAUGUGCAGAACGAGCUGAGCGAGAAGAUCGAGUUGGAUAUAUAUGUUGAUCUAAGUUCGCGGCAGCGUGCGCUGUACAGGGCUUUACUCGCAAAUGUCUCGAUUGCAGACCUGCUGGAGAAAGCCGCCAAUAUCGGAGAUGCAGACUCGGCUCGAUCUCUUAUGAACCUUGUCAUGCAGUUCCGCAAGGUGUGCAAUCACCCCGAACUAUUCGAGCGCGCCGAUGUCGUUGCACCUUUCUCGUUUACUCGCUUCGGCCAGUCAGGGCCUAUGAAUCGCGAAGGCGACUUUAUUGCACUACGCUACUCCACGCGAAAUCCCAUCGAGUAUCACAUACCCCGGCUGCUGUACCAGGACGGUGGCCUUUUAGGAGUACCUUGUGAGAACAAUGAAAUUGGUGGGCAGAGUGGCUGUAUAAGGAAUCUGUUUAACAUCUGGACAACUCAAUGGAUACAUCAAUCUAUAUAUGAUGAUAUCGAGGGUUCCCCUGCAUUCGCCUUUCUUCGUCUUCUUAGCAUGUCGUCUGGCGACGCGCAUGAUCUUCAUAUGUCUCCUCUCAUCCGUAGACGACUAUCUGGUUUGCAGGACGAGAUCAAGAACAUCGAAGGUAGCACACGCUAUUUCGACACCGAAUUUUCACCUACCGGUCCGAGUGUUUCGCUACAAUCGAAGAGUGCUGUGCUUUCACCUUUAGAUAUUGCAGAAGGCCUCCCAAAACUGAACUCAAUAUGCGGGUCUCUUUGGUCGCAGUCCUGUUUGUCGCGGCCUGACCUCAGAUGGUUUGUACCUGGAGCAGUUGCACCGCCGAUAACCAUGUCCUGCAUAGAUCGCACGUUUUUGGAACGCCAGUCACAAUUUCUUGACGCGCCAUUGGAAUCCAUGGCAUUAUAUGGAUUACCUCCAGAUCUUCGAGAAUCGGAAGAUAGCGUUACUGCUUAUCAGUCCCAUUUCCCAGCGCUUUCGCCUUCUGGGUUGAUCGGCAACUCCCCCCUCAACCAGCUGCCACUUUCUAACAUGCAGGUUCCCGAAGCCAAGAGGCUGAUAUAUGAUUCUGCUAAACUUGCGCGUCUUGAUGCCCUCCUUCAGGAGCUGAAGACAGGCGAUCACCGUGUCUUGGUUUACUUCCAGAUGACACGUAUGAUGGAUCUUAUGGAAGAAUAUCUGAUUUACCGACAAUAUAAAUACUUACGCUUGGAUGGUUCGUCGAAGCUGGAAGACAGACGUGAUAUGGUCAUGGACUGGCAGACUAGACCUGACAUCUUCGUCUUUUUGUUGAGUACGCGUGCGGGUGGUCUUGGAAUCAACUUGACAGCUGCAGAUACGGUUGUGUUCUACGACCAUGACUGGAAUCCAUCAAACGACGCUCAGGCGAUGGAUCGUGCCCAUCGUCUAGGGCAAACACGUCAAGUCACUGUCUAUCGUCUUAUCACAAAGGGCACCAUAGAUGAGCGCAUUAUUCAGAUGGCUCGAGUCAAGAAAGAUGUGCAAGACAUUGUCGUAGGGAACAAAAACAUCACGGAUGUUGCGAAACCGAGCGAGAUUGUCCAGCUUCUUCUCAAUGAUGAUCAACUGGCCGGCUUGGAUCCUUCUGGAAAUGUUGGUCUCUCCUCGCAACAAACGGGCAAACGUCAGGCAAAGGCAGCGCCUUCUGGCGGAGAACCAGAACGAGACUUGUGGAAUGAUGAGGGGGACGACUUUUUUGGGCACUCUACCGGCCCCUCGGCCACGGCGAAGAUAACGGAGAGCGAGACUGCCGGGUCUACGGGAAAUAAAGCUACGGCGCCCAAACAAGGUAGAGGUGCGAAGGGGGGUGGGCACAAAGCGUCUGGCCGUCAACACGCAAAGUAAAUUAUGUUUCUUGGUUAAAUACGUUAUUUAGAGGAAGGGGUGCAAUGAUUUUACUGGAAUUGA